AUGUCGAUUAGAGAAUUUAAAUGUGCCUCAAGCCCAUACAUUAUGCGGCAUACUUAUUGGACCCUGCUGAACAAGGAGCAGAGCUUGAUCAGAAUCGAAAUUAAGAAGCAUUGGAAUUCAUUUCCGAGAUCGGACUUUUGGAGUCGAAGAUUUUUAAGGGAAAAUGUAAAGGAAAUAAAACCAACAACUUGGUGGAGCGGCUUAUGCGCGUCCACUGCAUUAAGCAAAGCACCUUGCACUUCUGCUGCAGUUGGACAGUCAUUUUCUACACACAGCCACAUUCAAAAUAAAAAAAGAAACCGGCUGCCGAGUGAGAGAGCAGCCAAAAUUGCCUUCAUAUCCUACAAUUGGAAUUUGCUCAAUAAGAGCGAUUUGGAAAAAGAUGAUGACUAUGAGGAAUGCAUGUGUGUUACACCUCCGACUAUAGGCACACAUGAACAUCAAAUGGGUAGUUCAAUGGACACUUUUGACUCACCUCAACCGUCGACCUCAGGCACUGCCACCAUCGAGUAA